AUGGUAAAAUCUUACCUUGAAAGUUAUUUUUUGGUGGGUAAUAUGAAUAAAACAGAUCGGAUGACAGCAAAGGACAUGGUAGAACAACUUCAAAUUCUUGCUAAUAAAGGUGAAAUUCAAGUUGAGGAUGUUCCAGAAAUAACAAAAGUUGCAAAUUGGAUUACACGGUAUGCAGCAAGCCUGAAAAAACAUUCAGCGGAGAUAUUAGUAGAAGGAAGUAAUACCAUCAGAAAUUUAAAUAAUAAUUUUCAAGAAAUGGAAGAAACGGAAGAAACAGCAAAAUCCAGUAAUGAAAAAGGUAUUUUUGUGAAAUCAACAAUGGAACCUCUUCUUAAUUUCUUAUAUAGUUUGGAAAAUACUGGAAAUACUUUUUAUAAUUGUUUUGUUGAACCAAUUCUUAGAUUAAUAAAUUUACCUCCCAAAGACUUGACUUUUGGCAGGGAAUCAUUACCUUUACGUUUUUAUGAGGAAAUUCUUCACUCCGAGCCUUAUGUUCAUACCGAAC